UUGGUUCUUCUCUCUAGAGUUUGGUUUCGUCUCCAAUGGCGAUCCUCACCUCCGAUCUCCUCUCCAAAGUCCAAGCAACGCAUCAAUUCGAGGAGGAAAGGCUUCUAGGCUUCGUGCGAGCCAAUGUCUCUGGCUUCCCCCAAUCGUUGGCGAAGUUCUCUGUCUUACAGUUCGGGCAUGGCCAAUCGAACCCCACCUUCCUCCUCGAAGCCUAUUUCGGUGAAUCUGGGGCGGAGGUGAAGAGGUAUGUGCUCAGGAAGAAGCCCCCCGGUGUGCUUCUUGAGUCUGCCCACGCUGUGGAGAGGGAGUUCAUGGUUCUUAAAGCGUUAGGUGCUUGUAGUGAUGUUCCUGUUCCUAGGGUUUUUUGUCUCUGUUCCGAUCCUAGUGUUAUUGGGACGGCGUUCUACAUCAUGGAGUUUUUGGAAGGGCGGAUAUUUUUGGAUAACAAGCUGCCGGGACUGGCUCCUGAGAGGAGAAGGGCUGUAUAUCAAGCAACUGCUCAAACUCUGGCCGCUUUGCACAGAGUUGAUGUUGACUCCAUUGGGUUGCAAAGUUUUGGUAGGAGGGACAACUAUUGCAAGAGACAGGUACAAAGAUGGGAGAGACAGUAUCUUGCCUCAACAGGUGAGGGGAAACCCAGUCGCAAUCCUAAGAUGUUAGAGUUAGCUGACUGGUUGAAGAAGAACAUCCCUCUUGGAGACUCUUCUGGAUCAUCAGGCACUGGUCUUGUUCAUGGUGAUUAUCGGAUUGAUAAUUUGGUCUUCCAUCCUGUCAAGGAUCAAGUGAUCGGUAUCCUUGAUUGGGAGUUGUCUACUUUAGGGAAUCAAAUGUCUGAUGUGGCAUACAGCACCUUGCACUUCUUUGUCGAUUAUAUGCUGGCCACCUCUGAGUCACGGGGAGGACUAGAAACAAUGAUGAUAGAAGGCAUUCCUUCAGUAGCAGAAUAUCUGGCCGACUACUGCUCUGCAGCUCAAAAGCCUUGGCCAGCUGCAGACUGGAAGUUCUAUGUAGCCUUUUCACUGUUCCGUGCUGCAUCUAUCUAUGCAGGAGUCUAUCACAGAUGGGCUAUGGGCAAUGCUUCUGGCGGACAGCGUGCACAAUCUGCUGGAAAACUAACUCAUGUUUUGAUUGAUUCUGCCUGGGAUUAUAUCAACCGGAAGUUUGUGCUUCCUAAUCAACCUCCUCUUCGUCCCGUAACUACAAAAUCUUCUGAGAUGCAAUAUCCUAAUGGGUUGGAAAAUAUAUACUCCACAAAAGAACAGGGAAGAUUUGUUCCUAAUGAAAAGGUUUUGAUAUUGAAAAAUAAAUUAUUGAAAUUCAUGGAAGAUCAUAUAUACCCAUUGGAGAAUGAAUUUUAUAAACUUGCACAAUCAAGUGCUCGUUGGACUAUCCAUCCAGAAGAAGAGAGACUGAAAGAAUUAGCUAAGCAAGAAGGCCUUUGGAACUUGUGGAUUCCUCUAGAUAGUGCUGCUAGAGCAAGAAAGCUUCUUUUUGAUGGGAACAGUUAUCUAAAUCAAGAAAAUUGGAGCAAUAACCUACUGGGUGCUGGCCUAUCAAACCUUGAAUAUGGAUAUUUGUGUGAGAUCAUGGGGAGGUCAGUUUGGGCACCUCAAAUUUUCAAUUGUGGUGCACCAGACACUGGCAAUAUGGAGGUUCUAUUGAGGUAUGGAACUAAGGAACAAAUGAAAGAAUGGCUUGUUCCUUUAUUAGAAGGAAAAAUAAGGUCUGGUUUUGCAAUGACUGAGCCCAAGGUUGCAUCAUCUGAUGCAACCAACAUCGAAUGUGCAAUUUCAAGGGUGGGAGAUUCUUAUGUCAUAAAUGGCCGGAAGUGGUGGACAAGUGGUGCAAUGGAUCCUCGAUGCAAAAUUCUUAUUGUGAUGGGGAAAACAGAUUUUACUGCAUCCACUCAUAAACAACAGUCUAUGGUCUUGGUGGACAUCAAUACUCCUGGGGUGCAGAUAAUCAGACCAUUGCAAGUAUUUGGUUUUGAUGAUGCUCCUCAUGGACAUGCAGAAGUAUGCUUUGAAAACGUCAAGGUACCAAUAGACAAUAUCCUUCUUGGAGAAGGCCGGGGAUUUGAAAUAGCUCAGGGUAGGCUUGGGCCUGGGAGAUUACAUCAUUGCAUGAGACUGAUUGGUGCAGCGGAACGUGGUAUGCAUAUGAUGGUACAGAGGGCUCUUAAGAGGAAAGUUUUUGGGAAAUUCAUUGCUGAACAAGGCUCAUUUCUGUCUGACCUUGCUAAGUGCCGAGUAGAACUGGAGAAAACAAGGCUUUUAGUUCUUGAGGCGGCCGAUCAGCUUGAUAGGCUUGGAAACAAGAGAGCUCGCGGAACCAUUGCCAUGGCCAAGGUCGCGGCGCCAAACAUGGCACUGGCAGUGCUUGACAUGGCAAUGCAAGUUCACGGCGCUGCCGGUCUUUCAUCAGACAUUGUUUUAUCUCACCUGUGGGCAGCUGCAAGAACAUUAAGGAUCGCAGACGGUCCCGAUGAAGUACAUUUAGGUACCAUUGCGAAGCUUGAACUUCGAAGGGCAAGACUAUGAACGACAUUUGGCUGAAAUCGGCUACUUAAUUUAUCGAAGGCCUUCGUCUUCAUUGUAAACAACAGAAGAGAAAAUAACAGAGAUUGACAAUAAAGUUUAGGAAUACACACAGAAUGAGUACAGAAUAAAUUAUCUGUACAGGUGUAUUGGGAAUUUAUCCGGAAUUAGUUGGUCCCUCUUAAACAUUGUAUUAAGAUAAAGGAUACAAUUUAUGGUUUCUUUACUUGUGUUAAUUGUUAAAUACUAUUACUGUUUCAAUGUUUAUAUUUUGUUUUGGUUUAA